AUGGCAACACCGACGGUACCGCAUAGCGAUCAGCCUGACGAAUACCACGACAUUCAACGUGACCGACAAGGCGUUCUACCCCAACCCGACUCCUCAGGACCAUUCAUAUUUCGCGCGCUUGAGUACGCGUGCAACUGUCUGAACUGGGCAGCGGACAACUGGCUUUGUCCUAAGCCGCAGCCCAACAAGAACCUGGAAGGCGGACCGCGUAUUGCCAUCAUCGGGGCUGGAAUCACGGGUCUGAUGGCUGCGGCGCAAUUGACAGGACAUGGCUGCAGCAGGUUCGCCAACCGUUCAGAGCUCAGCAAAACUUCGUUAACGCACCGCUUCCACCCCGACCCCGAGAGCUGGCGGAAGAAGCCCUUCCCCGACCGACCGCAAAUCACCCGCUGGGCCAAGCAGCUAUGGGAAAACCAUGGCUUGGAAUCAAGCACACGUUUCAACACCAGGGUUGUACGCAUCUUCCGUCCUCCGUUUGAGAAAGAUCCAUCGGACACUCAAGUACUGUCGCCGCUUGGAAGCGGAUGGUACGUCAACAGAAUGGGCUACGGGUUCUUCGACGCGGUCGUAGUCGCCACUGGCGUCUGCGGCAAGCCCUCUUCAUCAGAUCUGGAGGGCAAGGAGGUAUACGAGGGCAUAGUGCGCAAUUUUGAAAAUGUCACAUCAGAUGAUGUUAAGGGGAAACAAGUUGUCAUUGUCGGAGAUGGUCCCCUGGUAAUCGACGCUUUCGAGUGGGCCAUUGAUGAGAUGCCCAAAACGUUGACGGUCGUGACCGGUGACCAGGACAUUGUCAUCCCUCCCAGUAUGAUGGCCAAGGCACGGGGCGUGCAUUUCUCCGCCUCUGGGUUGCUGGUCGAUGAGUCUGGACCCUGCUUGGACGGUGGUCCGGCCGGAUCACAUACGGUGGCGGUUCCAGCGGACCUUGUGAUCAUGGCAUCCGGUUACGAUAGACCAAAGACACACUUCUUGCCGGCUGAGUACCGUGAGUGGCCCUAUGAGAUGGGAUACUGGUUCGGACAGGUGUUUGCCCCCUGGGACAUGUCGAUCUGCGCCCUAAACUGCACUUACCGUCACGGACUGGGGCCCUCGGGCUCCUGGCAUACCGGGUUCUUUAUGCGGAUCUUGCUCAUGUUCAUCAGUUUGCCUGAUGCAAGGCCAUCCAAGUCAGCGUUGUCUUGUUGGCAGCUCCGCAGUCAAGUCUUGCGCUCGCUGCUUCCUGCAGAGCUUACCGACUACGUCGGCUACCUUGAGGUCUUUUCUUGGUUCGUGUGGGCCAUAUUGGUCCGACCCUGGCGUUGGGGCUGGAUCUUGUUUGUUCUAUUCGGCAUCGACUCCUCCCUAAUCAACCUCCGUGUACCGAGGAAGGAUGCUCCUGUCGGUUACCAGACCGCUUAG